GUGGAGCUGUGAAGCAGCCAAUCAGCGGAGCGCUUCAACAUCGCAGCCCGGAAAAAGGAAGCUGGAACAGAAAACAGGCGCGUCGGUUAAAAGAGGAGACGUUAGAGAGCUGGAGAGCUGAAGAGCUGAAGAGCUGAAGAGCUGGAGAGCUGAAGAGCUGGAGAGUCCUCCUCGUCACUGUGACCAUGAGUUUCUCCCCCGGUCCGUCCGGGCCCCUCGGGGGCACCAGUAUCCAGGAGCAGAGGGACCGCUGGGAGAGGAAACGCAGCCGGACAGCCAAAGAGUUGGUGCAGACGGAACAACGCUACUGCCAACAGCUGGAGCUGGUCACCACCUACUUUGUGGAGAUCUUGAAGGCCAAAGGAACCCUGAGGCAGGACAUUAGAGAAAGCAUCUUCAGUUCAAUUAAAGCCAUCCAUUCAGUAAACCAAUCCCUGCUGGUCCAUUUGGAGAACGGCUACUUCGGCCGAGGCUUCGAGCAGAUCUGUCCACAUCUGCACCACUACAACACCUACGUGGACAACAUCUAUAAUGCCAGCAAAGCGCUCGGGAUCCAGCUGAGGAAGAACAAGGCCUUCAGACGGUUUAAGAAACUACAGGAAGCCCGGCCAGAGUUCAGCAACCAUAAGCUCGAGGACUUACUUCAACUUCCUGUUCAGCGGAUCGAUCAGUAUAAACACUUCCUACAGGACCUGACUGCCAACACGAGUCCAGACAACCCAGAGUUUCAGCAGCUUUCAAGGGCGGUGACUGCGAUAUGCGAGGUGUCCCAGCGUAUCCAGAACAAUACCCGGCGCCAUGAGAACCACCUGCAGCUCUGCCGUGUGCAGAAACUGCUGAAAGGGCGAAAGACGAAGGUGUCGGCUGCAGGGAGGUGGUACAUCCGCGAGGGCUGGCUGAAGGUGGUUCCUCCUAAAGGUGCAGACGCUACGCCCAAGAUGUUCUUCCUGUUCUCUGACAUGCUGCUGCAGGCCAAGCGCUGCAGCCCGCUGCAGUUCAACAGUAAAGACAAGUUCACCGGCCAGCACGCCUUCCCGCUGCAGGACUGCACCGUGGAGAAGGUGUUCGGACACACCAGGAGCCGCGGAGGCCUGCUCAGCUUGACCUUCCCCAAAGCCAAACUCCUGCUGAUGUCCAGCAACCAGGAGGAUCUCAAUGACUGGUAUCAAAGCCUGAGCUCCGCUAUCAGGAAGCUGCAGUCUAAGCAGACGGUAGUCCAUCACAGAGAUGACGAGUUGAGCCGGAGACCCCUCCGUUCAGCCACCGCCGACGACCACAACACGCCGAGCAGCGGCAGGAAGAGAAACAUGGUGAGCCCUGAGACCAGUGAGCAGCAUCAGAAGCCUCCGGCUGAGUGGGAGGGCAGCGCCCCCAAGAGGAUGAAGCAGUCUGACGCUCCAGAGCAGAGCAGUGCAGAUGUGUCCACGUCCAGCUGUGUGAUCCUCUGAUGGCCUCCGGUCUGAGCUGACGGUGGAUCCUGUUCGCUCCGUCUGAGAGUUUCACUUCUGUGUUCCGCUCAGUUUCACCAAACAUGACUCCCAUGCGACUGUACGCCUGAGCUCCUAACAGCAGUCAGUAGAUUGAGAUUAUUACUACUAACAGCAGCUUCUGCUCCUCCUGUGCAAUAUAAACUAUUGAUUUAUAAAAGGUUAUUUUAUUGAUUUGAUCUGCUGCUUUAAAGACCAAAUAUGUGAUGAAUGUUUAACUGAGAGCAGUACGUCGCUGCUGCUGCUACUCGUCUCCACCAACGCUGCAUUACAGCAGUGAGUUCACCUCUGGAGGUCCUUUCUCCCAGUCGGUACCUGAACGCACCACUCCUACAGGCAGACUGUAGACAGGAGGAGGUGAACAAUACAGGAAAUGAACUCUACAUACAUGAUGGGAAGAGUCAAAGAGAUUAUUACAGGUGAACUGUAGGUCUCAGUAUGAGACGUCAUGGAGCUGUAAAGCUUUUCAUUACAGGAACAAUCACUCCUCUGGUUCUGUCACAUCAUGUCACAUCGAUGCCAUAUUUAAUUUACUAGAUUCAGUUUUGGGAAAUGACAAAUAUCACAUAAUAACAUCUAAGUGGUAAUUAUGUGUUAAACUACAAAAAUGGCCAUUAUUAAAUAAAUCACAUAAACAUAAAUGGAGUCAAAAAUUAAAUAUAUGAACCAAAAUUAUUUUAAAUAAACAAUUAAAUAAAACUUAACUGAUUAUUAUGAUUUUUUUUUCAUUUUUAUUAUUAUUAUAAUUAUAUAUUUUUAAUGUUAUAUUUUCUUUAAUUAAAUUACAUUUCACAAUAAUAACUUUAACUCAUUAUUUCAUAUUAGAAUUUAUUUCAUAACGUCUAAUGUUUUUUAUUUAAUAGUGGUCAUUAUAAAGUUCCAUGAUUACAGCUGGGAAGGUUAAUAUGGAUGCGUCCUGCCAGCCGGCGUCCACCGACUGAUCGGUAGUUUAUUAGUGAUCACAGUAUUGAUUAGCUGCUCGUUCAGAGUUCACUCCUCACGUUCAUUCCACAUGACCUCCACUUGACCUUGUCACAUCAGUGUCUCCUUCACACAAACACCAUCAUCUGCUCAACUUUACAACCUCUGGGAUGUCUUUGAUUGUUUUAUUUUCCAGAUUUACAGCAGUUAACUUGUACAUGUUUUUUAUUGUUAUUAAUGGAAUGAGUGCAUUUAAUCAGCUGCACUGUGUUCUAGAAAUCUGAUUUCUGAAUCCAGGCAAGAAAACCUGGAGAACAGAUUCUAUAAACUGUCUCAUGUUUUUAUUACAUUAUUUAUCCUUCAUUAUAUCUUUUAAUCAUAUACCUCUAUUAAUGAAUCAACACUUUUCUUCUGCGUUUUAUUACUAACACUAUUUUUCAUUUUUCAAGCUUCGAGUGUAUUUUUACAGAUCAUUUGUAAUAUCUAUCUAAAGCUGUUACCCUGGUUACAAAUCAUGAAAUGUUCCAAUAAAACUCUUUAAGAAGUCA